AACAGCUUCUGACUUUUCCCUCCCAAAACAACCAGGUACACACCACAUUAACAAAAAAUGUCUCCUGCUGUAUCUCUGUCUUUCUCCCAUCUUCCCCUCUGCAAAACUCAGGAUUUUUCUAAGGACACCCUCCUUCCGAGAAGAACUUUUAGAGAGAACCCAUGUCAGAAAACACCUCUAGAUGUCAAACUGACUAAAAGAAACUUGUUGAGUUCCACUGCUUUGGGGCUUAUUGGCGGGGGACUGUCAAUGGCUCAGCCUGCAAAAUCUGCUGAACCUGAGAGCCCAAGUGAGUCCACUUCAAGUAGAAUGUCAUACUCAAGAUUCUUGCAGUACUUAAACGAGGGUGCUGUGAGGAAAGUAGACCUGUUUGAGAAUGGAACCGUCGCGAUCGCCGAGCUUUAUAAUCCAGCUCUCGAGAGAAUCCAGAGGGUUAAAGUGCAGUUACCAGGAUUGCCUCAAGAGUUGCUCCGGAAAAUGGAAGAGAAAAAUGUCGAUUUUGAUGUUCAUCCAAUGGAUUUCAACUGGGGACUUGCUUUGUUAGAUUUUCUAACAAACUUUGGCUUCCCUUUGCUAUUGCUUGGCUCGUUGUUUUUGCGUUCUUCUUCUACAAACACUCCUGGAGGUCCAAACUUGCCAUUUGGACUUGGAAGGAGCAAAGCCAAAUUUGAGAUGGAGCCUAAUACUGGAGUUACGUUUGAUGAUGUUGCUGGAGUGGACGAAGCAAAGCAAGAUUUUCAAGAGAUUGUCCAAUUCUUAAAAACCCCGGAGAAGUUUGCCGCAGUCGGUGCGAAAAUUCCGAAAGGGGUUCUUUUAGUAGGGCCACCAGGAACAGGGAAGACAUUGUUGGCAAAGGCCAUAGCUGGAGAAGCAGGGGUUCCUUUUUUCUCUCUUUCAGGAUCAGAGUUCAUUGAGAUGUUUGUUGGAGUUGGAGCUUCAAGAGUGAGAGACUUGUUCAACAAGGCAAAGGCUAAUUCCCCUUGCUUGGUGUUUAUUGAUGAGAUAGAUGCGGUUGGGAGACAGAGAGGAACUGGCAUUGGUGGAGGAAAUGAUGAAAGGGAGCAAACAUUGAACCAAUUGCUCACUGAAAUGGAUGGUUUCAGUGGCAACAGUGGAGUGAUUGUUAUUGCCGCAACGAAUCGGCCUGAAAUUCUUGAUUCUGCUUUGCUUAGGCCUGGAAGGUUUGACAGACAGGUUUCUGUGGGGCUGCCUGAUAUAAGGGGAAGGGAACAGAUUUUAAAGGUGCACAGCAACAAUAAGAAGCUUGAUAAGGAUGUAUCUCUUAGUGUUAUAGCCAUGAGGACUCCAGGAUUCAGUGGUGCAGACUUGGCAAACCUGAUGAAUGAAGCUGCCAUUCUUGCCGGUAGGAGAGGCAAAGACAAGAUUACAUUGAAAGAGAUUGAUGACUCAAUUGACAGAAUUGUGGCUGGAAUGGAGGGAACCAAGAUGACUGAUGGAAAGAGCAAAAUUCUGGUGGCUUAUCAUGAAAUUGGACAUGCUGUUUGUGCGACAUUGACUCCAGGCCAUGAUCCAGUGCAGAAAGUCACUCUGAUUCCUCGAGGACAAGCUCGCGGGCUUACAUGGUUCUUACCUGGUGAAGAUCCUGAACUCAUCUCCAAGCAACAACUAUUUGCUAGAAUAGUUGGAGGACUUGGAGGUAGAGCAGCAGAAGAAGUGAUUUUCGGAGAACCCGAAAUUACUACUGGGGCUGCAGGCGACUUGCAACAAAUUACUCAGAUAGCAAAACAGAUGGUAACAAGGUUUGGGAUGUCUGAGAUAGGGCCGUGGGCAUUGACUGACCCAGUAGUACAGAGCAGUGAUGUUGUGCUAAGGAUGCUGGCAAGGAACAACAUGUCAGAAAAGCUCGCAGAAGACAUCGAUUCGUCAGUAAGAAACAUAACUGAAAGUGCUUAUGAGAUUGCAAAGAACCACAUAAGGCACAACAGGGAAGCCAUUGACAAACUAGUGGAGGUUCUAGUGGAGAAAGAAACCCUCACAGGAGAUGAAUUCAGGGCAAUCUUAUCAGAAUUUACUGAUAUAUCAGUGGAGAAAAUAGAUAGAACUCCCAACCGUGAGAUGAUAAGUGUUUAAAAUUAAUGUCAUGAAUGUAUGUAUAUAUUAGUUUAGGAAGAUGAAUGUUAUAAUGUAAUUCGGUGUAUUUAGUAGAGCAAUAGAAAGUUGUGAACCAAUGCAACCUUUCAUAAUAUAUUCCAAGCUGACAUUCUUUGAA